UAACUACGACUUCGGUUUCAUUAAUGUUUCGGGCUGCAAAAUAUACAGCGCUUCGUGCCUGUUCCUCCAGGAGUUUCAUUGCACUUUGCCGUCAAAGUAAGUGCUGUUAAAAUGUCCGUAAUACUGAAUGGGGCUGUACGGCUGUAUUAUUAUCUAAAUGAGGAAAUUGCUGACGAGAAAACCCAAAACUGGUUUUUAAUGCGCACGCCAUGGCCGGGGAUGGCAUUCCUGGUGGUCUACCUCCUGACGGUAAAACGAUGGCUGCCGGCCUACAUGCGCACUCGACCGCCGUACGACUUGCGUCUUGUGAUAGCCGCAUAUAAUUUCAUACAGAUUCUCGCUUGCGCCUACAUUGUCUAUCAUAGUCUGGUGCUUGGCUGGCUAAACCACUACUCGCUAGUGUGCCAGCCCGUGGAAAAUGGGCCCCAAGCCGUGGAGUAUGCCUGGAAAGUCUGCUACGCUUACUUCCUCGUUAAGAUAGCCGACCUACUCGACACGGUAUUCUUCGUUUUGAGAAAAAAACAACAGCAAGUGUCGUUUUUACACGUAUACCAUCAUUUUGGAAUGGUGAUGGUGUCGUGGGGCAUAGUGAAAUGGGUACCAGGUGGCCACGGGUCGAUGUUGGUGGCCGUGAACUCUUUCGUGCACAUCGUGAUGUACACCUACUACCUGCUCAGCGCGUGGGACGACUCCUACAAGCGGUCACUCUGGUGGAAGAAGCAUGUUACGCAGCUGCAGAUUAUCCAAUUCACAAUUCUGUUCCUGCACUUCGUGUCACUAGUUGUGGCGCCCCACUGCCGGUUCCCGCGCCAACCCGCCUACCUCCUCAUACCGCAGAACUUGUUUAUGGUCAUACUCUUUGGAGAUUUCUACUAUAGGACCUAUAUCAAGAACACUAAAACGGUGUGAUUUCUAUAAUAGGAUGUUUAACAAGAAUUUUUAAACGAUGUGAUUUGAGUGUUUUUUCUAUUGAU